AUGGCGUUGGUGUCAUCUGGGGCGUCAGUGGGGCGCUGCGAAGCCUCGAAGCCCAGCAGCCGCAGCAGCUGCAGCAGCAGCAGCAGCAGCAGCAACAGCAGCAGCAGCAGCAGCAGUCUACCUACUCCUUCUGCUGCUCAAGCUCUUCUUGCUUUGCUGCAAGAAGAAGAUGAAGCAAUUCAAGAGGCUGCGCUGCUGCAGCUAAAUAAGCUGGUCGAUGUUCAUUGGGUCGAACUCGCAGACGCCCUGCCUGAGCUGGAGGCGUUAGUUGAAGACGAGGGUUUUAAAAGCCGUUCGUUAGCUGCGACGAUCUGCAGCAAGGUUUAUUUUUACUUGGGUUGUUCAGCAGAUGCGCUGCGUCUCGCUCUGCUGUCUGAUGAGUGGUUAAGCAUUACAGACGCAUCUCUUUAUAAGCAAACUAUACUCUCUGAGUGCGUGGAUGAGUAUAUUCGAUACAGAAAUGAGGUGUAUGCAGCAGAACAAGCAGCAAAGGCAGCAGGGGCAGCAGCAGGACCAGCAGCAGCAGCAGCAGCUGCAGCAGCAGCUGCAGUAACAACAGCAGCAGCAACAGCAGCAGAGACCCCUCCAAGAGAAGCGGGAGAUACAGCAGCGCUGCUGAACGGUGUAGCUUUGAAAUCAGUCGUAGGAGGCGAAGGAGCCGUUGUUGGUGAUGUGGCUGCUGCUGCUGCUGCUGCAGCAGCAGCAGCAGCAGCAGGAACAGCAGCGGGAACAGCAGCAGCAGCAGCUCCGAGUGCUUUUCAUGCAGCAGUAGAGAAGGUGGUGCUGCAGCAGCUGAGAGCAGCAGCCGGUACACCUGCUGCUGCACAUUCGCUAGGAAUUGCUUUAGAUUGUAAAAGACUAGAAGAAGUAAAGCUGCUGCUGCUGCAGGCCCCAGAUAAGAUCGCUCUCCUCAACCAUUUGUCUUCGAAUUUGCAUGCGCUGAUUCCUCUAAAGUCAUUUAGAGCAGAGGUGCUGCAGCUUUUAAUUGAGGUGUAUAUGGAGGUGCUUUCGACUGGUGAAAGCGAGCAGCAGCAACCUGAGGUGUAUAGGCAGGUCUGCCGCUGUUUGCUGCUGCAAGGAGACACAGCAGCAGCAGCAAAAAUAUUACACAAGUUCCUUACAUGCCCCCCGACACAAACCCUUCCUAAACCCCAGCUCCUUGCUUAUCAAAUCGCGUUCGAUCUCAUCGAUCUCGAGAUCCCCCGGCAAAUGGAGUCUCUCUUGGGGCAUCCGCUGCUGAGCCUUCCUCUCACUGAGGAGGAGCAGCAGCAGAAGCAGCAGCAGCAGCAGCAGCAGCAGCAGCAGGAGUCGGCUCAGGAGGAUGGAGCAGCAGCAGCAACGACAACAACAGCUAUCGUUGAAGCAGCAGCAGCAGCAACAGCAGCAGAAGAGACAGCAGAGACUUCCGCAGCAGCAGCUGCUGCUGCAUUUGCUGCUGCUGAAGCAGCAGAGAAAAGAGCAGCAGAAUCUUCUGACGCCUUUACACGCAAACUGGCGGUCUUGCGAAGUAUUUUAAGCGGCCGGUCUACGCUUGAACUGCGUUUAGAGGUUUUAAACAGAAAAUCGCAGACAGAUUUUCAGUUGUUAGAUCUCUACAAGGUUUCAAUCGAUGGUCGUCAGUCUCUGCUGCAUCAGGGUUUGCUGCUGCUGCAUGCACUGCAGCAGAGCUGCACCGGCUGCGAUUUGUUUCUUCGUAAAAACCUCGACUGGGUUCGACGUGCUGUCAGCUGGGGCAAGUUCUCAGCGACUGCGUCCAUCGGUGUUGUUCACAGAGGUAAUGUAGGCUCAAGUUUGAGUGUCUUGGGUCCCUAUCUUCCUGCUGCUGCUGCUGCUGCUGCUGCUGCUGCUGGUGCUGGUGCUGCUGCUGGUGGUGCUGGCGGUGCAGCAGGAGUCGGUGGUGGGGCUUCUUCAGCAACAUCAUCAGCAGCAUCAUCAGCAGCAUCAGCAGCAGCAGCAGCAGCAGCAGCAGCAGCAGGAGGGGGUGGUGCAGCAGCAGAAGGAGGGGCACUCUUUGGUUUAGGCUUAUUACAUUGCGGUGCUCGUAGUCCUCUUAUUCGCUUUCUGCUGCUUUCUUCUUUAAAAGAAGCAAACAAUGCAGCUAAAGAACCCCUUCUUCAUGGAGGAGCACUUGGAUUAAGUCUUGUUUGUCUAGGACAUCAUGAUGAUACAGCAGUUGAUAAUAAUGGCGGCUGUGUGUUUGCUGAUGAGUUGAUAGAGCAGUGUUUAGGAGAAGCUGAUCCUUUAAUUCGCUAUGGUGGGGCCUACGCUAUUGGCCUUGCAUACUGCAACACCGGAAAGGAGACAGCAGUAAAGAGGCUGCUGCAUUUGGCUGUCUCCGAUGUCAGCGACGACGAUGUGUUUGUUAAUUAUUUGAGUGUCUCUCUAGACCAUCCUGGGCAAGCUUCUACGGAUCCUUGUGCUGCUGUGCAGCAGCUAUAA